AUGCCAGAAGUACUCAAUAAAGAAGUUAGAAGUAUUGGUCAUGGAUUAAUGGGAAUGACCUGGACUGAUACACCUGCACCAUUAGAUACUGCUUUGGAAGUGAUGAAGAGGAGUAUUGAGGUUGCAAAAGGUGGAAAUAUUACUUGGAAUGGAGGAGAGAUUUAUGGAACACCAGAACACAACUCUUUACAUCUGUUAAAGCAAUAUUUCACCAAAUACCCUGAAGAUGUUGAUAAAGUCAUUCUUUGUAUCAAGGGUGGUAUGAACGCACAAACGCAUAUGCCCGAUUGUACAUAUGAGGGCUUAUCCAAAUCUGUUGACAACUGCAAUGCCAUUCUUGGUGGAGUCAAGAAAAUUGACCAGUUCGAACCAGCAAGGCGUGAUACUAAUCUUUCACCAACUGAAAUUGUCAAAAAUCUCGCCAGACUCGAGAAGGAAGGCAAAAUCGGCGCAUUUAGUUUGUCAGAAGUAGGUGAAAAGACUAUUCGAGAGGCUGCAGAAGCAGCCGAGGGAUUAGGGACAAAGCUAUCAUCAGUAGAGGUAGAAUUUAGUAUGGCAACUACCGAUAUACUUCAUAAUGGUGUAGCAAAAGUAUGUGCUGAUCACAAGAUUCCAAUCUAUGCAUAUAGUCCAAUAGGCAGGGGCAUGCUUAGCGGUAAGAUUAAGAGUAAAGAUGAUGCGAAGGGAAUGGCAAAAUUUUCACCGCGCCUCCAAGAUGACAAUCUGGCUCAAAAUUUGAAGCUGGUUGCAGAAGUUGACAACCUAGCAACCAAAAAAGGCUGUACACCAGCUCAAAUCGCCAUUGCAUGGGUAAAGCAUCAUUCUAACUGGAAUGGGAAAUUACCUACAAUCAUCCCAAUACCUGGCGCCAGUUCAAUAAGUCGUGUAGAGGAAAACCUCGACGAUAGCAUAACACUUUCUGGUGAAGACAUGAACUUUUUGCAAGAUGCGAUCAAUAAGUUAGACAUUAAGGGUGGAAGGUAUCCCGAACAUGUCUCUCAUCUAAACUGGGGUUAA